CAAACGAGAGGAGCACGCCACCCUCCAGCCUCCAGUUUUCAUGCCUCCGCUCCUAAAAGAGCUGGAAGCGAAAGUAAACCUGAUUUUGCUCCUUUCCUCUUUAACAAACAGAAGGUUUUGAAACCAGACGGCGGUCUUCAGGACAGUUUCAGAAGCGAGAAAAGUCUGUUUUUUCCACACUAAAAGAAGAAGAAAAGCGAAGAAGAAGAAGAAGUUCGAAAUAAGUAGAAUAACAAGAUGUUUAAAAGUUUGGGACUUGUCGUGUUUAAUUUUCUCCUUUUAGCAGCUGCAGCCACAAGAGUUUUACCACCAGAAAAUCUAUCCCAGAGGUGGAUUGCUGCCUUUGAAUCUGAGUUGUCCUGGGAGCCACCAAAGCAUUCAGUGACAAAGUGCACAUAUACGGCACAAGUAGAACCAAGGGACCCAGACUAUGCUGAAUACUCUCCCGAUUUGACGACCCACAAGUACAGUGUCUACAUGAUAAUGGAUGGAGGAUUUCUGCAGUGGUCUGUUACAACACAUUGUAAUGGUAGUGAUAGUGAGAAAGCGGUCCUCACCGUCAGCUACCCAGAGCUGGUGAAAGACAUUGAGUGCUACAGCUAUAACGCUACUGCAGCUCGCUGCUCCUGGUCCCAAAAGAGUGACACUCCUGAUCUCCGCUUUUUCUAUCAGUUAGUGUCUGAGAAUGAGAAUGACUUCAUCUCAGACUUAAUGGAAUGCGCUUCCUACGUGACUGAAGGUGUCCAGACCAGUUGUAAUCUGCAGGCGAACACCUCCUUUAACAUCCUUAUCAUGUUUAAUGGGACAGUGAACAACACAUCUGUUAGAAACACCUUUGAGAGAAAGACAAUUAAAAACGUGAAGCCACCUCCCCUCACAUGGAGCGUUACAAAAAGUGGGACCAAACUCAAUAUUAGCUGGGUUGCUCCAGAUGUCUUGAGGUCGUCAUCCUGGAAAUAUAGAAUUGAUUACACUGAGUGCAAUAAGAUGAAGGAUUUGACUGUAGUGGAAUCAACAUCCUAUCAGAUUAAUCUGGUUCCUCACUGUCGGUACUGCAUGUCUGUUGUAGCCCAGAGCAGCGCAGGCAGCACAGCACCGGGUAAACAGAUUUGUAUUGAUGAGCAAGGCAGCAACUUGGUGUACAUUGCAGUUUUCAUUCCUCUGGUGUUUGCUUCUAUGGUGCUGUUCGCAUUUGUGUGUUACAAGAAGAAUAAGGACAGUGUCUUCCCCAAAGUGCCACAACCUCGGGAUCUCCUUAGCGAUCUUUCUAACAACAACAACGAGAGCCCUCACUUCUACGUGUACUGCCCAAUAGAGGACGAAGUGAGCUGUGAAGUCACUCUGGUGGCGGAUUUCCAAACCAGCAAACCAGACUGUUGACACGUCUGAUGUCAAACGUUUCCAAAGAACCACCUUCUUCAUUCCCACGCAUUGUGAACAAACAGUUCAUCAGAAAUCCAACGUCACAAGCAGUUCUCGCUGGUUUUUCUAGACCAGGUAAUGCAGAGCCAAACUGAAACCUUAAUUCAGACUGUACAAGAAGAGCGCACGUCAAGUCCCACAAGUUUCUUUUUAUAGCCAUGAAUUAUAACACAAGUCAUGUUAGGGGAUUUAGGACUGUAAGGAUAGAGAAGCCAAUAUUUCAGCAAGAGCAGCUAGAAUCCUGUACACACCAUCCCAUUCUUCUUGCUGGCGAUAUUUUGCACUGAAACGGCCCAGCUGGGAACAACUGGGAGGCUUUUAAAGAUGCUUUGGACAUGAAAAGCAUGGCAUCAUCAGAUAUGGAUGGAAUAGAGAUGGAGGUGCAUCAGCUCCACAUCUGUGUGCCGACAGUUGCUGAGUCAGCUCAACUCACACAGACAUCUCCGUUUUUUUCUUUGGAAAUAUGUUUGUAUUUGCAGCUUUUUUUUAGUAUUUAAGUAUUAAUCUGCCUUUUGCAAGUCUGCUCCACGUCUUAGAGGCUUUGGUUCAUCAUGUUGAGACCAGGUUGCUUUUAAUACUAACUUUAAUGUGCUGCUUUAAAAAUGUCUUUGUAUGAUCGGGGUGUGGAUCUACAUCCAUCCAGCGGUGAACAAGCUUAUUAGAAAAAUCAUUAAAAAUGUAAGUAAUCAUUUGUUUGACAGACUUGAGAAAAACACGUUUCCAUUGGCUUUGUUCUGAUCUAAAUUGUGGUGUUUUUUUUUAUUUUAAUGUCUGAUAACUGAACUCAGGAAAAUCACAAAUAUUUUCUGUGAUUUGAUCUGAACGGACGCGAUUGUGUUCAAUCAGCUUGUGAUGUCAGCAAAUAUCGAAUUGAUGUUACCUAACAUGAUCGAACGUGCGAUAGGUUUUAUCAGCCAAGGUGGAAGGAGCUCAUGAGAGUCCUGUCGUCCUGAGACUCAUUCAACACACACACACAGUAAUUUAAUAUAAAAAUAUAUUUUAUGAUUUAUUUUUUUGUUUUUUAUUCAUUUUGGUUUUUUAUCUUUUAUCUUUUUAUUUACGCGCAUUACAACGAGUCACAGGUAUCUGGAACUGAAGAAUACAGGAUUUCACAUUAUGAUGGAGGCAACGUUUCAACAUGUUAAGUACACACGUGUACAUUUUCACAUAUGUGUAGUAAUCCUGAACUUACUCAUCUCACAAUACAACCUGAAGUCGGAUCUGUCGCGUAAGAAAGACAGAAACGAUGGAACAAGUUAGCUCCCUGCUUUAGAGAAGUUUUAUAAACAUAAUAAAUUCAACCUGGUUGUGAAAUUAGAGAUUACAGUUACUUUUACUAAACAUUACAAUUAAUUUCUUCUGUCAUUUUCACAUUUACUUCAACGAUCCCACGGCCCAGAUUGGACCAUCUGGUGGGCCUGUUUAGUCCCCCGUGCCUUAUGUUUGACACCCCUGAUCUAGAAGUAUGUAAUGCUGGGACGAUUGAGGACAUUUUCUGAAAACACCACGGUUUGUUUACAAAACUCUCUAAAGAUUACUGUGAAAGUCCCGGGCUCAGGAUCACACUGAUUCUGCAGGAACUCUGUAUGUUCAGGACUUUAGAUGCACUUUAGAUCUUUUCACUUUAACACAAAGAGAGAAAACAAAGUAUUUCCUCCUCGUUAUGGCUUGAAAUGGUUAAGGAAUAAGUUCUGUCCACAGGUGGUUAAAGAGCAGGUUAUGAGGACAGAUGGUGAUGUCUUAUGUGGUCUGAUGGUUACCCUCAAGACUGCUGUUAGACCAUCACCCUCAACACUCCAGACCAAACGUUGAAGUAGAGUAAUUAGCAGCUUGGACACGUUUGCUCAGUUAAAAUUCUCCUGAAGAAUGUUAUAUUGUCCAUGUUUAUGCGUUAUUAAAAUAGAGUUGUAUUCAAAGUGCAUUUAGAUCUUGCUGCUGCUUGUCAUUUUAUUAUAUUAGCUGCAUUAAUUUAGCUGAAUGUCUUACUAGUCACGUUUUUUUUUGUAUUUUUAUUGAAGGAUUUUGCAACAGGCUUGGAAUUAUUCCAGAAAGAGGAGCUAUGUGACAAUGCAGUCACUAUUAGAGCAUUUUGGCACUGUUGCUCAUCUCUGAUAAAUGAAGAGGCAACGCCCAGGCGGUGGUUUCUGUUUUCUUACAUAACAUAACCCCCACCUGCUGGCUUUCCACAUGGAGCGGCUCACAGCUCCUGCUCCCGUUGGAUGGGUCACCACACAGGCAGAGAGGAUGUGGCCUGAAAAUGUAAACACAAGAAGCCGAAUCUGGAAACAAAAAUCAUCCAGUCGGCUAACCUGGAAGAAAUGUUUGUAAAUCUGAUUAACACAGCAUUUUCAUGUAAAUGUAGAUUUAAUGUAUGAGAUGCAUCAUUUUUGUGUAUUGUCUGGAAAGCAAAAAGGUGGAUGUUUCAUUUUCAAAUGUCACAUUUUAUACGGUUUUUACUAAUUUGAAGCAAGUUAUAGGAAAUGUUUUCUAAAACCAGAUGUUAUAUAUGUUAUGUUUUUAUACAAUUUUAGUUUUUUACAAGGUAUUUUUUUUCCUUCAAGCCACUUUCUUUCAUCUUAAGAUGACAUGUUGCACACUGUAAGCAAGAAUGUGAAAAAGUUGAGUUUUGAGUUUCAAAAUGUGUUGUACAAAAAAAAAAAAAAGGAAAAAAGAAAGCAAAUAAAUCCUAAAGUUUUCUGAAAAUAUAUUUUGGUUUCUUUUUUAAAUAUUACAUUUAGAAAUGGCAUCAGUACUUUGUUGUUCAGAGGAAAAACUGAAGAGGAAUAACUCUGAGCCACAUGAAGUUUCUAGUAGAAAACGAAGAUCUAGCAGUUUUCAGAAA